GUAGAUGUUUUUUACUAUAUAAAAUUGCAUGUCAAAUCAUUUUUUACUUUUUCUAAAUAUCACUUAUGUUAAAAGGUAAAUUGAUUGUCCAUGUAUAGAAAUUCAGUGAUUGGGGGUGGGGAGAUCCGGAAUUAUUAAGUUUAGAAACAAAAAUAUUAACAUUCCGGUCUAAAAUAUUUAAUGGUGAUCAAAAUGAUAUUUUCUACAAAAUAUAACUAGUCUUGACAUGUACAAAAUGUAUACAGUUUAGGAAAACUGCUAAAAAAAAUUUAUAAAAAGCUAACACAUUCAUUGCAGUCUGACAUAAAAAUAUAGAAAGCAGUAGAAAUCACGAUAAUGAUUCUUGUUAAAUUAGAGUAAAAGUCUCAAGUGAUGAUUUACAUCUGAAUUUUUCCUUAAAACAGCCUUUAAAAAAAGAUGAUCCAUAACUGUAGACACCAUGCAUGGAAGGGUUCAGUAGAUUAGAAAUCAGGUUGUUCUGAACUUCAGGUUGUUCUGUUCUGAAUGUUUCCUGACAGAAAGUCUGUUUUGUUAUGUUUUGUUAUCCUUCUCAAUAAAAAAAAACAACCCACCAAAUCACACAAAAUGGCUUUAAGAGCUUGCUUCUGAAGGGAGUUAAAGGUAUUUCGAAGCGGGGGGGGGCAGUUACCUGUAGAUCAUGCAAGCCCAGUAAAGUUGGUCCAUUCACUCUGUCAGCACGGAGCAUGUUACAUGAGAGAGGUAGGCAACAGAAUAACAAAGGGUCCUUUGACAUAGUCGAGCCGAACUACAGCAACCGCCAUGAAGAUUUACCGGUGUAAAGGAGAGUAGAUGGACCACGAGGUACUGAUCUUUGAACGUCUCCUGACACUGGCAUCUCUGACAGGAUCCGAGCUGGGAGCGUCGGAGGUAUACAACUCAUUUAUUGUCGCUUACUUCGAAGGAGAGCUCAGACUUUGUUCUGACUACCUCAUAAGAUAAAAGCAGAGUGUGACCGAAUUCCUCCUGGACUCAUGCCAAACUACCAGACUUCCUAGGUCAUUUAUACGGGUAACUAUACGGAUUAUAUAGUUAUAUAGUGGAUUCACGUUUGUUUUGAAAUUGCUUCAAGGCAAGGACUCGCAUCGCCUCGCGCGCCUGCUGAAGACUCCUUGGUGGUGGUGGGAAACUCUAAAUAAACGGAUAUAAUAUAAACCAGGAACAUGGGUGAAAGUUUUCUUCGGGAUGUUUUGAGCUUUUACGGUGAUAACAGUUCGCUUUCGACGACAAACUUCGAUAAGUUUUUAAAGCUCAUCACCUCCCGCCGAGCGCCAGCAUCAGUAGACAGCGAGGCGAAUCCGCUGAGGAAUGCUGAGUGUUUGUCUGCCCCAGAUCUCCUGGAUGCUUUUGGACUCUCAAAUGCGUCUGAGCUGACUGUGGAUCAGCUACAGCUCAUAUGCCCAGCUGUUCUUACUCAGGUUCUACUCCCCUCCUGCCCUUACAUGACCCCCUCAACCAUAACCACUGACCCACAAGUUUGGGGCUAUAGUUUCUUGGCUGUGACAAUAAUUAACUUGGCUUCUCUACUGGGGUUACUCUUAGUUCCUUUAACUAAGAAAUCCUAUUUCCCAAAAGUGCUAACCUACUUCAUUGGAGUGGCCAUAGGAACAUUAUUCUCCAAUGCUGUACUGCAACUUAUCCCUGAGGCUCUUGGAUUUGACCCGAAAGUUGAUAACUACGUGUCAAAUACAAUUGGGAUUUUUGGAGGGUUCUACCUCCUGUACUUUACAGAAAGAGUCUUAAAAAUAGCACUGAAAGCAGAUCUGGAGCAUUGCCACAACUUCCCGUCACUACAGACUAAUGAUGUAACCAUCACCAGCUUCAGCAAUGAUAUUAUCAUAAACAACAUGACAAGUGAUGUCAUCACAAAUAACGCCAACCAUGAGGUCCUACCAAACAGCCCCAGUGAGAAACCAAGCCAGCCUACCAUUAACCCAGCCAAUGAACAGGAGUCAUGCAUAUUAGUGGGAUGUCGCUGGCUGCGAGGGGAACGAGUGUCAAACAUAAAAACAGUGGCUUGGAUGAUCACGCUGAGUGAUGGAUUGCAUAAUUUUAUAGAUGGACUGGCCAUUGGAGCCUCCUUCACUGUCUCUCUUCUCACUGGCUUCAGUACCUCUAUAGCCAUUGUCUGUGAGGAGUUUCCUCAUGAGCUAGGUGACUUUGUGAUUCUGUUGAACUCUGGUAUGAGUGUCCCUCAGGCUGUGUUUUUUAACCUGCUCUCUGCUAUGUGCUGUUAUCUCGGCUUGGUGCUGGGCAUCUUGCUGGGCAGCAGCUUUGCUCCAAAUGCCAUCUUUGCCAUUGCUGGUGGAAUGUUUCUUUACAUCGCUCUGGCAGACAUGUUCCCAGAGAUGAAUGAAAUAAUGAACACACACGCCAGAGGCCGCAAAGGAAAGAUGUUAUUCUUUCUGUUCCAAAAUGGUGGCCUGCUAACCGGCUUUUCCAUUAUCCUCCUCAUCACCAUCUUUGCUGGAGACAUCAAUCUGGGAUAAAUUGAAUUUGAAGAAUGAGAAUAAAAGGCUUAAAGGGAACAACGAAUAUGAGUUCAGUCCACACAACCAGGGACCAAAGGGUUGAUACCACAAACAUCAUUUUAAAACUCUUGACUUGGACUCUAUUCCUACUGUUUAACACAAUAAUGUAUCUCAAGUAACAUUGUAGUACUAGAAAAAAAGGAAUUAUAAAUUAUGUUUGUGUAAUUCAUAUCUGUACAAGGGCAUCGCACACAAAGAUGCUCCUAUUUAACGUUUGUCCCCAAGCCUCCGAAAGGUUUCCUUCACCGUCGCUAGGCUUACAGACUUGGCUUGUGGGUAUAUAAACAAUAUAAACUACUUUGGCAACUCUCCCAUGCAGUUAUUUCCGGUGAUACAAGACCAGAGAGCAGAGACAGGCCACUGUUUCUAAUAUGAAUGAGGCAGUGUGUAAAGCUCAACAUGGCAACUGUAUUCAGUCCUUGUUGGUUUGGUACAGAUGUUAGCAAAAAAUGUCUGGCCUAUCAUAUUCUUACACUGACACAUGUCCAGAUAUACAGCCCCCCCCCCCUAAAUUGUUUAAAUUCCUCAUACAAAAUAAGGAAAUAUCUGAGGAAAAACAAAAAACAGUUUUUAACUGAUCAAUUAUACCUAAUAUAUAUCACCCAUAAAAUGAAUAACUGGUUAUCAUGGUUGUCACCUAUGACAGCAACACCUGUGUCUCUGAAGUUGCUGUUGAGAAAUUUCUAGCCUUUCUUGCAUUAACUGCCUGUUUAAGGUCCUGCUACAGCAUCUCAAUGGGGUUGAAGUCAGUACUUUGACCAGGUCACUCCAAAACCUUGUUUCUUUUAAACCAUUCAGGGGUGGAAUUGCACUUGUGCUUUGGAUUUGUUGUCUUGCUUCAUAAUGCAAUUGCACUUAAGCUUCAGGUCAUGAACUGAUGAUGACCAGACCUUCUCCUUAAGGAUUUUCUUCCAGCGACUUCUGGGAAGAUUUACCAUUGUUCAGAAUUUUCUCCCUUUGGACAUAAUGACACUCACUGUGGUUCACUGGAGUCCCAGAGCCUUAAAAAUGUCUUUGUAACUCUUUCCAGAUAGAUAUAUUUCAAUACAUUACUUUCUCUUUGUUAAUUUCUUUUGAAUGCAGCAUAGUGUGCUGCUUGUUGAGACCUUGUAGUCUACUUCACAACCCUAACCCUGGCAGUAAUUGAGUAACUAACAGGGCAAUUACAUUUUCACACAAGGCCAUUUAGUAUUGGAUAACUAUUUUCCUUCAAUAAACAAUUAUUUAAAAACUGAUUAAACAGGUUGUAUUUGUCUUAUAUUCAGUCCAUACAGGAUUUUGCUGAUUGUUGCGGCCAAAAAUGCUUGAUUUUGCUGCAGCCUUUUUCAAUAUGUGAUGUUUUGCGGAAAAUUACUUGAAUUGGUGAAAUUGCAAUGGCAUGAAAUUGUUUUGCACGGUCUUUCACAGUGAUGUUUGUUGGUAAGUGAAACCUUUUACAGUAGCUGUACUCAUGUUCGACGCUCGUGAAUCGAAGGGGGCUUUGGCAGAAUGCGCGUUGUGAUGACGUUACAUGGCGCGUCACGAACCAAAUCAACGGAAAAUCAGCUGUAAUUUUGCAAAAUUGCAAGCUCCUCUGAAUAGGGCGGCGUUUCCUUGAUUUUGCUUUCAUUUCUGCGAUCGCAAAAUCUGGGAGGCUGUAUAUUGUAUAUUAAAUAUUGUUGGAAGAUCUUAUUAAGUGUGACAAAUAUGCAGAAAUAGAAGAAAUUUUUCACAGCAUUGUAGGGCAGUUUGCUUCGUUAUAGAGAAAUGCGCAUGCAUGUCAAUCCAGAGGUUUUGCCCCAU